GUGUCAACGAAUAGUUCUGCAGCAGCUUGUCUUAUAUCCGCCGGAAGACACUACCCCCGUCGAUACUCAGCAGAUCGAACCACAAUAACAUAAAUAACGACAACUUCACUUGCAAAAACCAACUAUCACAAUCACCAACACUACUCAGUACCAACGAGAAUACAAGCUUCACGAUUUCUAUAAUGUCUCUGCUCACUGCACCUCUCGGUCGCGAUGGCCCCCAAGUCACCCGCCUGGGUUUCGGCCUCAUGGGCCUGUCCGCCUUCUAUGGUCAGCCCAAACCCGACUCUGAGCGUCUAGCGCUGCUUGACAGAGCUCAUGAGCUAGGCGAACGUUUCUGGGACUCUUCAGACAUGUACGGCGACAACGAAGACUUGAUUGGGAAGUGGUUCAAGGCCAACCCCGACAAGCGCAAUGAUAUCUUCCUAGCAACCAAAUUCGCGGUCAAGAACAUGGGCGCCGAGAUCGACUCUUCUCCAGAAUACGUCAAGGAGGCCGUCGAGAAGUCUCUGCAACGGCUCGGGAUUGAACAGAUCGAUCUUUACUACUGCCACCGUGUUGACCAGAAGACGCCCAUCGAACUCACUGUGCAAGCCAUGGCUGACCUUGUCAAUCUCAAGAAAGUAAAGUACCUUGGUCUUUCAGAAGUCAGCGCCGAGACGUUGCGAAGAGCGCACAAAGUUCAUCCUAUCUCUGCUGUACAGGUUGAAUACUCUCCUUUUGCCCUGGAAAUUGAGAGCAAGCAAAUCGACCUACUGAAGACAUGCCGUGAGCUAGGUGUGGCCGUGGUUGCCUACUCGCCUCUAAACCGCGGUAUGCUGAGUGGUGCCCUCAAGGGCCCAGAGGACUUUGAAGAAAGCGAUUUCCGUCGAUUCGCGCCUCGUUUCAGUGCUGAGAACUUUCCCAAGAACCUCAAGCUUGUGGAGCAGAUCACCGAGGUUGCAAAGGCCAAAGGCGUCACUCCCAGCCAAUUGACUUUGGCGUGGUUGAUGGCGCAGGGUGAGGACAUUUUCCCUAUCCCAGGCACGACUAAGGCUGCGCGCCUGGAAGAGAAUGUGGGAAGUUUGAAGGUUGAAGUGAGUAAAGAGGAGGAACAAAAGAUUCGCAAGUCAUGUGAAGAGGUGGAGGUUAGUGGUGGACGCUACCCUGAGAGCUUCAUGAAGUCGUGCUAUGCCGAUACGCCGUCACUUGAGCAGUACCGAGAUGGUGGUGCAGGCUCGGAUGGGAGUGGAGGUGACGGAAAACCGACCAGGACAGCGGAUAUCAUUGGCGGGUCGUAGAGCAUCAUGUUGGACGAGAAGGAGCGGAUGAUGCAGACAAG